AUGGCCUCUAAUACAAGUCUAUCCGCUCACUUGGUGAAGAUAAUCAGCGACAACACUACCAAAAUAGAGGCAUACCGCCAGGAACAAGGAUUGCCGCCCCUUAGUCUAGGGCCUGAUGCACCGCUUGACGUCAAAUAUCCACCCAAUAUCGAACAAUGUCGACGGGCCAUUAUCGAUGCUAGCCUGGAGCUGGGCGACCUGGCCACGGGUCCUGUCGAACUGCGUCUCGUACCCGGGUGGGCAGUCAUGACCAUGUUUGCCGUGACCCAAUUCAUCUUCGACUUUGACAUUGCCCACCGGGUACCUCUCACAGGCGACGUGUCGUACGAUGACCUCUCCAAGACUGUCAACAUCGGUGCGUCCGUUCUCCGUCAGGUCCUGCGUGCGGGUAUGCCCUACCACAUGUUCUACGAACCACGACCAGGCCACGUGGCGCAUACGGCGACGACCAAGGUCAUGGCGCGGGAGCCACUAAUCAAAGACUGGACCGGCCUGUCCACGGACGUCUUAUUUCCCGGUGCUGCUGGGUUGACCGAAGCCUUGAAGAAAGAGCCCGCGGCCAACGACCCCGCCAAAACCGGUUUCAUGCUCGCCAAAGGAGACGGCGAGUCCGGCAUGUACAUGUAUCUUCAGAAGCAUCCUGAGCAGGCACGAAGAUUUGCAGGCGUCAUGGGGGCAUUCCAACAAGAUAAGGCGUACGCGCCACAACACCUUAUCAACAGCUGGCCGAAUGAUGUGCGGAGCGGUAAACUCGUCGACCUGGGCGGAUCUACGGGCACCGUCGCCUUUGCGCUGGCCGAGGUGUUCCCAGGACUCGAGAUCGUGGUCCAGGACUUGCCCGGGACGCUCGAAGCUGCCCAAGUCCGAGAGGGCAAGAAUGUGUCGUUCAUGCCUCAUGACUUUUUCAACGAGCAGCCUGUCAAGGACGCAGACGUAUAUAUGUUUCGCUGGGUCUUGCACAACUGGCCCGAUGCUCAUGUCCAACGCAUCCUGAGAGCUUUGAUCCCAUCGCUGAAGCCUGGUGCCAAGGUCAUCAUCUUUGACGAGAUCAUGCCUCCCGCUGGCACGAUGACUUUGAGCGUCGAGCGAAAUCAAAGAAACAUUGAUUUCGGCAUGUUGAUCCUUUUCAACUCCAAGAUACGUGACGUUGAGGAAUGGAAAGAAGUCAUUACUCAGUCAGACCAGCGUUACAAGGUCACGGAUAUCAGGUAUCCUGAGCAUUCUCGACUUUCCCUCAUUGAAAUCGUAUGGCAGCCAUAA